AUGUCUCCGCGAGAAGCGACGCAAACCGAUCCCAUGCAACGUCUUGCUUUGAUCACCGCCUAUGAGGCACUCGAGAUGGCUGGCUAUGUGCCUAAUCGUACACCCUCUACUAAUUUGGAUCGUAUAGGGACAUUUUAUGGACAGACAAGUGACGACUGGCGUGAGAUAAAUGCGGCCCAAGAAAUUGAUACCUAUUUCAUUACGGGUGGAGUCAGGGCGUUUGGACCGGGCCGCAUCAACUACCACUUUGGAUUCAGUGGUCCAAGCUUCAGCAUUGACACCGCGUGCUCGUCUAGCAUGGCUGCUAUUCACGCGGCCUGUAAUUCACUGUGGCUACAUGAUUGUGACACGGCUGUUGCAGGAGGUUGCAAUGUUAUGACAAAUCCUGAUAUAUUUUCCGGCCUAAGUAAGGGCCAAUUUUUAUCAAAGACUGGACCGUGCCAGACGUUCGACAAUGACGCAGACGGGUAUUGUCGUGGGGAUGCAGUUGCAACCCUCGUUUUAAAAAGACUGACAGAUGCUGAGGCUGAUCACGACAAUGUUUUGGGAAUCAUUCGAUCUGUCGCAACAAAUCAUUCAGCCGAUGCUAUUUCAAUUACUCAUCCUCAUGCGGGUACACAAGAGAAUCUUUAUCGUCGGGUUCUGUCGCAGGCCCGCGUAAACUUUCAGGAUAUUUCCUAUGUCGAAAUGCAUGGCACCGUAUUUUUCGCGCCCCUGGGCUCUCGAUCUAACGAGCAGAAAGUUUACGUCGGAUCUGUUAAGGCAAAUGUCGGUCACGGCGAAGCAUCAUCAGGAGUCACUGCUUUGAUCAAGACUCUUCUCAUGAUGCGUCACAAUUUGAUUCCACCCCAUAUCGGUGUCAAAAAAACACUUAACAAGGGGUUCCCUGAUUUUGCCGAGAGAAAUAUUCAUAUUGCAAAGGAGCCUGUCUCCUGGAAGUGCACAUCGUCACAAAGUCGGAAAGUAUUUGUGAAUAACUUCAGUGCUGCGGGUGGUAACACUGCAAUGGUCAUCACGGAUGGCAAAGUCAGGUCUCUAAGAGGCUUUGACCCUCGAACCACACAAGUCGUAGCAGUAUCGGCUCGUGCCUUAUCUUCGCUCAAGGCCAACCUGAAAAACCUAUUCGAUUAUUUGAUUGAACACCCAAACGUUUCUCUUCCAAGCCUGUCAUACACAACAACUUCACGGAGGAUACAUCACAACUACCGAUUUUCCGUUUCAGCGUCGAAUGUCGACCAAGUCAAAAGUGCCCUGGCGCGGGCGAUGGAAUCGGAUAUUCUGCCCGUUCCGCAGGCGCCCAGGGUUGUAAUGACUUUCACCGGUCAAGGCACGAUGUACCCUGCUGCAGGUUCCGAUCUUUUCCGCAUGAACAAGGUGUACAGAUCUAGCUUGAUCGAAUUCAAUUCGAUUUGUAUCUCUUAUGGGUUCCCCAAAAUCCAGGCCGUUGUCGAUGGAAGCGAUGAUCGAUCACUACUUGAGCAUUCACCAGUUCUUCUCCAAGUGGCACAGGUGUCAAUUCAAAUGGCUUUAAUCCGCCUUUGGAACGCACUUGGAGUCAUACCGGACGUUGUAAUCGGUCACAGUCUCGGCGAAUACGCUGCACUUUUUGCUUCUGGUGUUCUAUCAGCAGCCGAUACAAUCUAUCUUGUGGGAUCCCGAGCCAGAUUAAUGGAGAUGAAUUGUACCGUUGGCACCCACACCAUGCUUGCCAUUCAAGGGGGAGAUUUAUCUUCGGAUCUGACGAACUCACAUAAAUCUCGACUUGCAUGUAUAAACAGUGGCAAGGAGUUUGUUUUGAGUGUCCUAGCUGCCGAUGUUGAAACGUUUAAACGUCAAUUUGAAGGUCUCGGCUACACAGUGACACCCUUGGCUGUGCCCUACGCAUUCCACAGCUCACAAGGACCUAUGCUCGAGAGUCACUUUCCGAAAACCGAAAUGUGA